AUGGUUGUUCAGGAAAAGAGACCAGUUGAAGAAGAGCCAACCAAUGAUGAUCAAAAGAGACAAAACACAGCCCCAUAUGUCAAAGGUAUUGCUGCUAUAAAACCAGAGUUUAUAGUAGCCAAAUCGUCGCAAUCUGCAGAUGCAGUAGAAUACGACGAUGAUGAAGCCGAGGGAGGAGACCGCACAUCUGAAGAUGCAAGAGAUGGACAGCUGCAUAGGAAAGGCAAGAAGAAAAGAGGACAAAACCAUGGUCGUGACUUGAAACAGAAGAAGGACACCAUAAAACUAUGUCCAUCCAUCAUAGAUCCUGACGAUGCCAAACCGUGUUUUCUGGGUGAAGACAAGUGCAAAUAUUCGCAUGAUUUACAAGCUUAUCUCACAUCAAAGCCAGAAGAUAUUGAUGGUGUCUGUCCUGUUUUUGAGGCUUUGGGGUACUGUCCUGCAGGUAUGAAAUGUAGAUGGUUGAAAUCUCACUACGAUAAGGAAACAAACAAGUUGAUCAAAGACUUGGCCAAGAUUGACCUAGCAAGCAAGACAAACUACGAAGUUAACGUCAUUGAUAAAGAGGCCAAAUUUGCCUUGCAAAAGAAAAAAUAUGAAUUCAAAAUAGCCAAUCCCGUGAUAAACUUUUUAGAUUCGAAAGUACAAAAUGAAACAAGAGAGGAACGUAAAGAUAACGCGGCCAACUAUGUGGAACAACCUUUCAAAAUUUCUGAAAAGAAGCGGAUAAAUUUGAACCGGGCAAAGAUUGUGUCACCAUUAACCACGGUCGGUAACUUGCCAUAUCGUCGUCUCAUGAAAACUUUGGGUGCUGAUGUAACAUAUUCAGAAAUGGCAUUAUCUAUACCCUUGGUGCAAGGUCACAACCCUGAGUGGGCUUUACCUAAAGCUCAUGUAAGUGAGUAUCCGGGAUUUGGUGUUCAAAUCGCCAGUUCCAAGUUAUGGUCAGCAUCAAAAGCGAGUGAAGCCAUUUACGAAAACACAAGCCAUGUUAGUGAAUUGAACUUGAAUUGUGGUUGCCCUAUUGACUUGUUGUACAGACAGGGCCAGGGAUCAGCGUUGUUGGAUCAACCACCUAGAUUGCUUAGGCUCGUUAAAGCAAUGAAUGCGUCAUCGGGUGACAUUCCUGUAACCAUUAAGAUCAGAACAGGGGUGAAGGAGAACAAAAAUACUGCUAAACAGUUGGUAGACAGAGUUUUAUCUGAGACACAAGUUGCUGCAAUUACUCUUCAUGGUAGGUCGAGGCAACAGAGAUAUUCAAAGGAAGCUGACUGGGAAUACGUUCUGGAGGUUGGUAAAGUUGUCAAAGAUUGGAAUGCCAAGAGAGAGGAGGACAAAGAUACAGCAGACUUGGCACCAACUUGGUUUGUAGGUAAUGGUGAUGUAUACUCGCAUGAAGAUUGGUACAACCAUGUCAACACUGAAGGUAUCGAUUCUGUUAUGGUUGCCAGAGGUGCAUUGAUCAAACCUUGGAUUUUUGAGGAGGUUGAAGCACAGCAAUACUUGGAUAAAUCUUCUUCUGAAAGGUUGGACAUGUUGGGCAAAUUUGCUAAAUUUGCUAUCGAGCAUUGGGGAUCCGAUGAGUAUGGUGUUAACAUUGCAAGAAGAUUUAUGUGUGAAUUCAUAAGUUUUACCCAUAGGUAUAUCCCUGUGGGCAUUAUGGAACGAUUACCACCAAAAUUGAACGAAAGACCACCUACAUGGGUUGGUAGAGACGAAAUGGAAACCUUUUUGGCUUCGACAGAUUAUAGAGAUUGGAUUAAGCUUACUGAGAUGUUCUUGGGUAAAGCUAGCGAUGAUUUUCAAUUUGUACCUAAACACAAAAGUAACGCGUAUGAAACCAAGGGUUGA